GAGCUUCCAAGUAAACCUGAUUACCUAUCAGUUUCUCCAAUAGUUCAAAUUCUGCUUCAUGGCUCCAGUACCUAGUUUUCCAGUUAAGGUUGGGCAUAUUGACGAUGUCCAAGAACUGAGAAAGGCCAGACCAACCUCAAUUCCUGAAAGAUUUGUCAGAGACAUGGCUGAGAGGCCAAAACAUGCUGCAACUCUGGUAUCAGCUAGUGACAUUCCCAUUAUUGAUCUUUGUAAGCUCAUGAAAAGAGACAAAGAUGAACACCAAAGUGAAGCUAUGCAACUCAAAACUGCCUGUGAGGAAUGGGGAUUUUUUCAGGUGGUGAAUCAUGGGAUUGAUCUGAGUGUCCUUGAAAACAUCGAAAAAGUAGCCAAAGACUUCUUCAUGUUACCUUUAGAGGAGAAAAAAAAGUAUCCAAUGGCUCCAGGCACGGUUCAGGGAUAUGGUCAAGCUUUUGUGUUCUCAGAGAACCAGAAGUUGGAUUGGUGCAACAUGUUUGCUCUUGGUGUUGAGCCUCCUUGUAUAAGGAACCCGAAACUCUGGCCAUCAAAACCAGCUGACUUCAGGGAAACUUUAGAAGUUUAUUCAAGAGAAAUCCAGAAACUUUGCGAGAAUUUACUGAAGAAUAUAGCAGUAAGCCUCGGCUUAAAAGGGGAUGUUUUCGAAGAAAUGUUUGGGGUGGCUGUGCAAGCAGUAAGGAUGAACUACUACCCUCCAUGUUCAAGACCUGACCUUGUUCUAGGUCUUAGCCCACAUUCAGAUGGAAGUGCCCUUACAGUGUUGCAGCAGGUAAAGGAUAGCUCAGUAGGACUUCAAAUUCUUAAGGACAACACAUGGGUGCCCGUUCAGCCUGUUCCAAAUGCACUUGUGAUCAAUAUUGGUGACACCAUAGAAGUUCUUACAAAUGGAAAAUACAAGAGUGUGGAGCACAGAGCAGUAACUCACAAGGAAAGAGACCGCCUGUCAAUUGUCACUUUCUAUGCUCCUAGCUACGAAAUAGAACUUGGUCCAAUGCCAGAAUUGGUGGAUGAGAAGAAUCCAUGCAGAUAUAGAAGAUACAAUCAUGGAGAGUACAGUAAACAUUACGUAACCAACAAGUUGCAAGGCAAGAGAACCCUGGAUUUCGCAAAGAUUGAAUCCAAGACCUCUGCUUAAGAAGGACUCCACUUGGUCUCCCACCUAGGCUUACUUGUAACUAGACUAUAGUGUAUAACAUUAGAAAGGGCAUUGCUGGAGAGUUAGAUCUUUCUACUACUUGUGCUUGUAACAGUCAGACAAGUUUGGUAUUCUGUGUAUCAGAAAUGCGUUUGUAUUCAUCGAUGGACUGCACUGUUCAUGUGUAACUCAGAUUGCUAUAUACAUAUCAGCUAAUGGAAGCUGUGGGGUCUUUGAUUAUAAAGCUUUCUCGUCAAA